AUCAGAGGUCUUGGUGGGAGGGGCUGCAGCAACAAUUCAUUUUGGCGGUUCAAUUUCAACAUGGCUGAGGUGAGCCAUGGUAAUGAGGCCGUGGAAAGGGGGCCUGAGGCCUCGUCUCCGGAAUCUGUGCCAGUUGACACGACCAUCUCCAGGGUGAAACUCCUCGACACCAUAGUGGACACUUUUCUCCAGAAACUAGUCGCCCCCAGGAGCUUCGAGAGAUUCACCAACUGUUACCAACACUUCCAUGAGUUGGAUCCUGGGGUGACGCGGAGUGUCUAUGACAAGUUUGUGGCUCAGUUACAGACAUCCAUCCGGGAGGAAAUCUCAGAAAUAAAAGAGGAAGGGAACCUGGAAGCUGUCCUCAACUCCCUGGAUAAGAUCGUAGAAGAAGGCAAAGCCCACGGAGAGCCAGCCUGGCGACCCAGUGGAAUCCCAGAGAAAGACCUGUGCAGCGCCAUGGCACCCUACUUCCUGCAGCAAAGAGACACCCUGUGCCGCCGGGUGCGGAAGCAGGAGGCCAAGAACCAGGAACUGGCCGAUGCCGUCCUGGCCGGGCGCAGGCAGGUGGAGGGACUGCAGCAGCAGGUCCAGGCCCUCCAGCAGGCAUGGCAGGCUCUUCACAGAGAGCAGAAGGAGCUGCUGUCAGUGCUCAGGGCACCUGAGUGAGGAGCCACUGGGCCCCAGAGCAGAGGGCAGUCAUGGUCUUGUGGAAGGCCUGUGGAGCCAGCUCCCCAUCCCCACUGCUUAGUUCUGGCGGGGUCACCCACACAUACCUUCAGACUCCUGCCGCCGCCCCACCCUGGGCAUCAGACACCAGCUUUGUCUCCCGGAGCUGCAGCCAGCCUUGCCCCCCACCCUCCUUCCGGUUGGUUCCCCAGCCCCCCUGCACUGGACGGGAUAGUGUUUUCAGUAUGCUCUGAUUGCUGCCUUGCUGGCCAGCCCAAGGGCCCCUGCCAUGUUCUCCCCACAUCUGUAAAUAAACUUCCUCUCCUGCACUGUAA